AUGUUUUAUUACGUUUUAUUCUUCGAAUUUCUUACUUUAUCGGCAAUUAUAGCAGAUCCAGCUGUACCACCAAAUGAUCCUAAUCCUUAUGCAUAUCCAUUACGACCAUCGUAUGAUCAUUACGGAUAUCGUCAAGCACAAUCGCAAGAAAAACAAGUGCAAACACCUUCACCUUAUUUAAAUAAACGAAAUCCAGAUAGCGAUUUGUAUCCAAGUUCUCAACAAUCAUAUUCUUCAAUUGCAUCAUCUUACGGAGGUACUCGAUCAAGAUCAUCGGCUAAUCAAUGUAAAUUACAUAUAAAUUGUCCAAAUGCAAGAAAUCGAGUUACACUUGAUAUUCAAGGACCAGCUGGACCACCUGGUCCACCAGGCAAACAAGGCAUGCAAGGUCCAAGUGGUCCACCAGGUUUACCGGGACCACCAGGUCGUGAUGGUUAUUCAAACAUAAAAUCUGCAUUUUUCGUUGCAUUAAAUAAUACAUAUGUUCUACAAUCAGAUUCAUCUAUAAUCGUUUGGGAUGAUAUAUUAUUAAAUAAAAACAAUAAUCUUAAUAAUAAUACGGGUAUUUAUUAUGCACCAAUAAAUGGUUUAUAUGAAUUUAGUUUAACUGUUUGUGUACCAGCUAAUCAUAUUGCAUCUGUAUCUUUAUGUAAAAAUGCCGAAAAUGUUGUACCAUUAUGGGUUGAAGGUUAUUUAACAGCUGUUAAAAAUCAAAAAGUACCUGUUUGGAAUACAGCAUCAACAACAAUUAUUUUAUUUUUAAAUAAAGGUGAUCGAGUUUAUAUUCGAGCUCAAUCACGUGAAGAUGGAGAUUAUAAUUUUAAAACAUCAUUAUAUGGUUGGCGUUAUACAACAUUUGGUGGAGUUUUAAUUCAUGAAGACAAUUGA